UAAGCUUGUGUCCGUAAAGAUGUCUUGUCCUUUCACGAGUUCCUAUGAUUGUGAUGGUCCGGCGAAGGAGUGAGAAUCAUCUGCACGAAUGAUCCGGAUAUCUCACCUCAGCUGAAUACUGCUAUCGUUUCCAUGUGCUGGAUUGUGGCUUGAUGUCGCGUCAAAACAGAAGGUGUUGAAGUAAGAAGAAAAGUAGCUGGCAAUAGUUGGAUCUGAAUACAAUUGGAAGCCCGGCAGUCAGCAGAGAGCAUGAGUUUGCCGGGGCCAUCGCUGCUGAAAAAUCAUUAUUGGUUCCUGCGUCAUGGGCGUAGUAUUCCAAAUGAAUCCGGCCUCAUUGUGUCCUCGCUGAGUAAUGGUUUGUCGCCAGGCUAUGGACUGGCUGCAUCCGGAUUUAUUCAAGCCACUUCGGCAGGAGAGCUUUUUCUGAAGAAUAUUCAAGAUUCGGGGAUUCCUGCUCGUAACAUCAAGCUUUUUUCAUCACCUUUUAGUCGAACCAGGCAGACAGCAGAGGCAGUAACCGCAGUGUUGACGCAGCAUAAAUUACAUCCGACGAUUGAGUUUCUGGAAGAUCUAAGGGAGCGUUUUUUUGGCUCGCCUCUGGAGCUGCAAUCUCACGAUCAUUAUCCGGAAAUCUGGAAGAUUGAUGCCCAGGAUCCUAUGGUCGGAUCGGAGGGUGGCGAGAGUGUUGCGGAUGUUGCAAUUAGAGUCAUACGAGCUUUACUAAGGAUUGAACAGGAAGUGAAUGGGCACGCUGUAAUAAUUGUUAGUCAUGGCGAUACACUGCAAAUCUUGCAGACUGUUAUUGCACACGCCUUGAGCGGGGCUGUUACUGAGAACGAUAGUCUGCAAAGCCACCUGGAGGAAGCUAUAAACCCUGCCGUUCUGCAGCGGCAUCGCAGCUUUGCCCUGGAGACAGGGGAACUAAGACGAUUAACUCAAUCAGCUGCAUUUCCGACCGUCGUUUAGGUGCAGCAAAUUCAUACUUUAGUGACUUAAUGACAGUGGAGUACCACGCAGAUUUUCAGUCAGCCACUCUCCCAAACUUACCAUUGCCGCUGAGUUCAAUUACAAGACGCUUGUUUCAAUGGAAGUAGAGGUGAGGAAGCAUUUCCAUAUGAGAGCAGCGGCUUUCGAUCAAGAAACGCAUCUGUAGCUGAAUGUCAAGUUGGAGUUGUUUAUCUGUUCAGGUAUCAUCUGAUCUUCCAUGAUGAUCUUUGUGUUCAAAUCCACGAACUUAGUUUACUUAGCUUGGGUUCCCUGCAUAGCUUAGUGAAGAAAGCGAUUAGCUUUGGGGUAUUUUUGUAAUAUGGAAAUUUCCGCACUCUGUGAAAACAGUGACAGCCUUAUCUGCACUCCUGUGAAAUCUUUUAUCAAUAUUAACUGUUUCUCGUCCAAACCUGUCCUCAGACC